CAUGAUUAAACACCGCGUGAAUCAGCAUGAUUGAGGUACAUUCAUUCAAAUCUUUAACUCAAUAUCCAUCUGAAGGUUCAAAUGCUCACCUAAGCUUUUAUCAAAAUCCGAUUGAUUAUGACUCCACUCUAAGCGUUACAAAGUGCAGUGAUGAUGAUACAGGUAGGAAAAAUAUUCCGGAAGAAAAUUUUCGAUAUUGUUUCAGUCAGGGCUUAUGGUCUAGUUGGCAUGACGUCUCGUUUGCAGAAAAAUAUAUAUACUGGGUACACCAUGCUGCUCCUUAUACCGUUUCUUUCUCAGGUUCGAGAAGGUGCUGGAUUCGAUCUCCAGUACGUCCACUUGCAUUUUUAUACUAUCUUCACUAGAGAGAAGGAUGUGUUUUUCAUUCUCUCUUCCCUCCACCUCCCCUCGCAAUUUCUGUCUGGAGAUACGUCACUUUGUGCUUGGGUGAAACUUUUUCAAAGGAUAGUGGCAGGAAUGGCUGAAAGGCUCAAGAAACGAGAUUUCAAGAAGGUGAACAAAGGAAAUAGCUCCUUUGCGUCCUUCGCAUUAUGGUUAGUAGCAAAGAUAUGGCUGUCAAGAGCGAUCAACAAAGACAAGAAAAUAUGUACAGAAACAUGCGACGGGGUAUAUGUAUAAUCAAAACUUUCCAAAACCUACAAACGCCAUAAUGCAUUCUA